AUGGCAAACGCAUCUGGGCCCAUGAGUGUGGUGGAGAUGCAGGCUUUCAGGAUAACCAUCACAGAUGAGAGGAUCUUUAAGAUGUUCCUCAUCCUCUUCACCCACGUACUCUUCAUCUACAUCAACAUCGUGAUGAUGGUGACCCUCCGGAGCAAAGCCACGUUCGGCGAGACGGCCCGCUACAUCCUGUUCGGCCACAUGCUCUUGAACGACACGCUGCACCUCGGCGUGGGCCUGGUGCUGUAUGUGCUGGGCGCCUUCUACAUCACCCUGAUGCGUGCCGCCUGCGCCUUCCUGGUGCUGCUGUCGGCCACAACCUUCACCAUCGCGCCGCUCAACCUAGCCGUCAUGUCACUGGAGCGCUACGUGGCCGUCUGCUUCCCCCUGCACCACUGCCAGCUGGCCACGCCGGGCCGCACGCGCCUCGCCAUCCCGCUGGUCUGGGCCGCCGGCUGCGUCAACGUGCUGACCGACGUGUGCGUCCUUUUCCUCGGCGAGCCGGCCUUCUACCUGGCGCCGACUGUCUGCACCAUCGAGCAGCUGCUGGUGGCGCCCUGGCAGGGGACGAAGGCUCUGGCCCUCAACACCCUCCUCUUCGUCUCGGUGGCCAUCCUGAUCCUGUACACCUAUGUGGCCAUCCUCGUGGAGGCGCGCUCGGCCUCCUCGGACAAAGCCUCCACGCACAAAGCCUUGAAGACGGUGCUCCUGCACGCGUUCCAGCUGGGUCUGUCCCUCAUGUCCUUCGUCUACGUCUUCCUGGAGUCACUAGCGUCCCAGCUGCCGGUUGCCGUCUACGUCCAGCUGCGCUUCCUCAACUUCUUUGUAGUGCUGAUUCUCCCGCGCUGCCUCAGCUCGCUGGUGUACGGCUUGAGGGACGAGGCUUUUAAGCCGCUCUUUAAGCAACAUUUUUUUUUCUGUGGCAGCUUCACAAAAGUGGGACCUCAAUAGGCCUUGCAGGGCUACAGAUGGGGCACAAGGAUUAUGUGUGU